AUGACGUCCUACGAGGAUAGUGUGACGGGCCAUGCCUACAGGACGCUGCUGCGCAUAGGACUGCCCGCCUACACGAUGCACUUUAAGAGUCAGACGUAUCUGAGGGAGUCCAUGUUGGAGAGACUGGACAGAACUGUGUGUAAGGGCAUACUCAAAGAUUCUGCGCAGCUACCAGAAGUCCGGUUAGUCACAUGUCUUGGUACCAACGACGAAGUCUGGAAGGACAUGGUCACCUUGUUCCGCGCCGCUAUUCCCUCUCUCGAACGCCGUUCUUUUGCCGUCUGGGAUCCUUCCGCCGUCGAUUACGAAUCUACCUCGGGUGCUCUCAUUGCUCAAAAUUAUCCUGGCUUGUGGAAAGACUUGGAACGACUCAACGACCUAGUAUCAAUAGUGCGCAAUACUUUGACGAUUGGCGAGAGAGCCCAGGAUCUGGCUGCCGAGUGCACAUUCGACCAAGAAAUCUUCAGACUGAUCAACUGCUGCGUGCGAGUCACGGCAAGAGGCUUCGAUGGCGAUGCUGGUACUGGCGAUGAGGAAAAGUGGCAGUGGAUUGUGAAUGCCUAUAAGAAGCUACUCAUAACUUCCCUACAAUUCUUGAACAACUUGGUCGCUCGUAACGAAAGGAGGAAGCUGAUGCUCUGGGUUGCUUUGUUCGACAACUCGACCGAAGGUAUUCUGGCUGAAGAUACUGAUGAUGCUACUGGUGGUCAACCUGCUCUCGGCGAGAUGCCCAAACCACCUGUCUCCACUGGUGAUAUUCUGGUCGCGCUUGGAGAGACAAGCAAGGCCACAUAUGACGCUGCACAAGACGCCUUGAACGCCAAACGACUUCUCACGAACAGGGAUCAAAUGAAACCACCUUCGAGGCCCGUGUCCGGUUAUGUGUUAUUCGUGAGGCAACACCAAGCAGAAACGAGAGAGGCUCUUGGCCCAACCGCGACUCCGGAUAGUGUCGCAAAAGCUCUCGCUGCAAGAUGGAGUAUUCUGUCGGACAAGGAAAAGACGACUUUCAACAAACAAUACGACGCUCUUGCGCAACAGUAUGAAAAGGAAUUGGCUGCUUACCAGGAUGCACGACGUCUCGCACAAGCCGAAAAGGACAAGUCUGACAGAGCGCAUGCAAAUCAAGUUGCUGCACGAAUCGCCCACAUUGAGGAGCAACUCGAUGAUCGCAUGAAGCCCGAGGGUACCAAGGUUGCUCCUAUGGAACCCCCAGUCUACAACGCAGAUGGAGCUAUCGCAUUCCCAGACGAAAAGUCAUCAACAGGACCCAGACCGGUGGCCGAGGAUGACUACAAGAUGAUGUUCACCGCCUCGGCAGGAGCGAAAAUCCUGGAAAGCGGCAAAUCAGAACUCAUGAAACGACUGGAAAGCUAUCCUGUUCCGCCACCACAACAAGCUCAAAUCACGAGCCCAGCUUCACCCAUUGCUUCUCCAGCUUCGCCGGUAUACGAGAAUCGGACAGAUGAGGAUGAUGUAGGCUUAGACGAAGAGAGCGAGGAAGAGGAGAGCGAAGACGAAGACGAAUAUCCUGGUUCCAGCGAGGAUGGACGCGGCCUCUUGACUGACGUCCCGUUGAUUCUGGGUCCGUCGGAAAUCGAAGUAUUGCCCAUGAUAGUCAUGUCUGGAAUCGUACCGCCUGCAAAAUCAACACAAGCUGGUACAUCAACCGAAGAGACCAACGCAAUCGUCAAUAUGCAUACGGUCAGAUGCCACCUGCUGUUGGCUCAAGACAACGGGAAGAACCUGUUGAGAGAGCUCUUGAUAUUUGUCGCUGCUUGGGAUCUGCGAGAAGAAGAGCUCUACUUUAAAUUCAUGGUCAAGAUUAUGGAGGCGAUCUUGGUUAACGGCUUGAUGCCUUAUGCUUACCACGCCUUCCGAGACAAAUCGAGAUCCAAGGAUAUCAUUUCACCUGCCCAAGCGGUGAUAAUGAAGCUGCUUACAAACAUCUUCAGAUCAAGAGCAGAGGCUUCCAAAACGAACCCACAGCCCACUGACUCCUAUCCGCUUAGAGUUGACGUCCACAUCGUCAACUUCAUCUUUACCGAGUUCCGCCAGCAUAUCAUUCCGCAAACAUGCGCACUCAUCUUCCUACAAGGCAAGAUCCACCAAAAUCUAGCUUCGCCUGAAGACUUCCCACUAAACCUGUGGGACAUGGAGCGCAUGUACGAAGGCGUGUAUCAAUACCUCGAAUUCUUUGCUGUGCUCACCGAAGAGAGCAUUUGGAAGGAUGUAAUGGCACAGUGGGAAGUCGCAAGCGAGCUCGUGACAUUGCUCAAGGAACUGGAAGCUGCGAUUCCCAAACUCGGACCUGGGGGCACGUCACAUGGACCCAUCCCAAGGCGUCCAGCUCCUCAUCAACAGAACCAUAACUACCAACCACCAGCUCACAACUAUCCACCUCCACCAGCACCGCCUCAGAACCUCAAGCCCCUGCCUAUAAGUGUGGAGCGACCGUUCGAUUUGUCUCCGGAUCUGGCUAACACCCUUCCACCACUUCCUAUUCCGCCAACAGAUGCUAAUGCUCAACCCCCGAACACUACGAUCUUCGAAGCUGAAACACCGUUGGCAUACCCUGAAGACCCGCAAGACGAGCCUUCGGACUUUGAAUGGCGCAACCUCAAGAAGUUGACGGUACUCGUACUUUCCUCGUUGAUCUGGAAGAACCGCAAAGUGCAAGAUCAAGUUCGUGAAUACGGAGGAUUGGAAGCGUUGGUGGGCUGCUGCCGUCACGAUGAGCAUAACCCAUACAUCCGUGAACACGCCAUCAUGUGCUUGCGCUUCGCAGUCGAGAACAACGAGGACAACCAAGCCGUGAUCAAAGACAUGGCUGGCAUGGCAGCAGCAGGCGAAACACGCAUGCCCACCUACGCUGAGAUCCCACACGGCAAACUCACCCAUCCCGAUCAACUAAUCCCCUUCCAAGUUCCACCUGUUCCGCAAGAAGUGCUCGACACCAAUGGCUACGAAACCUUUAUGGAUGGAAAAGGCCAAGUCGGACUUAGAAGAAAAGACGUCGGCCAACUAUCCUCAGGACCACAGAAACCUAGACCACACCCCAAAAUGACGGCAGAAAAAGCAGCAGAACUCAUGCAAACCGCACUGCGUGAUCUUCCUCUAGGCGACAAGAUCCUCCUCGACAAAGAAAAGAAAGAAGCACUCGCCAAACUCGACAGAGCCUUUUCCUAG